CUGAGUUUAAAAUGUUCUGUGAUGUUCUGUCUCUGCAUUCAAUUAUUUGCCUACGUUGGAUAAAUUUGCAAAAUACAUUUAACUGGCAAUUUUUAGGUGCAAUGCAUUGUCCACAAACUCAUUGUUUACCCAGAUGAGAACCAUUCUAGCCCCACAGCAUCUUAGAUAAAUCAUCAAUUAAAACAUCUCCUAGUGAAGCCUUGUUCUAGAAACCUCUUCAAUUCCUGUUUAUAUUUCAAAGCCAGAUAUGUGGACAGGUGUAGAGCAGCUGAAAAUACAAGGCACUCGUUAUGAAGUUGGCUGCUAAGGGCCAUGCAAUGACAGAAAACACCUUCCAAAGUUGCUUGGUGCCAUGUCCACCAUUUUCCUCUUUGAAUCGGUCAUAUUGCUAUAAUGAAGUUACCAGUGCUCUCCUUGCACAAAGGCUGGUGGGAUACCAGAAAGAACAAAGCAUUGAGAAACACUGUAUUUUUCAAAGCGGGCUCCUUGAUCUGGUUAACAGUUUUGUGUUGCCACCUCCAAUAAAGAGCAGCUAUGGCGGGAUUAGGGUUACUAUGCAGAUGCAGAUGCAGUCAUUCCACACCAAGAACUUUGGUUCAGAGAAUGCAACAGAGAACCCCGAGAGGGAGAAAGAAUAAGAGCUGGAAAUUAUUUUCACACGAUGCACACCGAUCAGAAAGGCCUAGCGCCCUUGAUUCUCAAUAAACAUUCGAAGCGGCGUCACAAUGCACGGCCCAGCCUUUCCCCUGAGUUCGAGCCCACUCUAUAGUUGCGUUGCAUGAUGGGAGUCGUAGUUUUCCGUAAGGUAAACGUGCGGGGAGAAGAAUCGUGUCUGUUCCGCCGAUUGAACGACAAUGACCGGUGGAGCUUUCCUUUGACUCCUCCGUUUUUCCGUAGGUGCCUGGAGAAAGCGAGAGCCGGGCCAUGAUAUCGACAUUGCUGGGACUUUUUUCCCGGACUCUGCGCUCCGUUCGCUUCGCCGCAGGGGCAGCUGGGUCCUCUAGUCCCCAGAUCCGCUGGGCGCCCCCAGAGGUGGGACGGAGAUCUCUGUGCUCCGGCGCCGUUAUGGCUGUACAGGGGUCCUCCCCUCUCCGGGCGGAGUCCCAAAGGCUGGAAGCGGAGGAGGAGGAGGAAGCUGGGCGAGGAAUAGGAGAAAAAGUUCAGCCUCCCCCUGCAAGCAAGCAGUUGUCACAACAGAUCGAUGGAAAACAAACUGUGGAGUGCAAGAAAAAAGAACAAAAAAAGCAAAGGAAGAAAUCAUACAGCUCUACCAAUUCGAUUGAUAAUUUGAUGGCGGAAAUGCCAUUUGGUGACGCAGAUAUUGAACUUGAAUUUAGCACCUCGAGCAAAUCUAAACCAUCUGUUAAAAAGAAGAGAAAGAGAACAGCUGGAAAGGGGAAUGAAGAAGACAAUACAAUAAAGAAGAAAAAGAAGAACCAAGACAGACCCAAUUAUUUCAUUUCUGUUCCAAUCACAAAUCCAAAGAUUAUAGAUGGCAUUCAGACUCUUCAGAACACAAUCAUACAAAAAGAUAAUAGGCUCUCCAAAGCAAUGAUUCAUUAUGGCUCUUUCCAUGUCACCCUUUUAGUGAUGCAUCUGUCCAAUGAAGAAGCAAUUAGCAAUGCAAUUGGUGCUUUCUUGGAGAGUGGAGGUUUAAUUGAAGAAUUACUGCAAGGAAAGCCUUUGAAUUUAUCUUUUCAAGGCACUGAUCACUUCAGAAAUCAAAUUGGAUUUGUAAAGUUGACUGAGAAUGAUAACACAAGCACGCUUUUAAAGACAGCAGAAAUUGUGAAGAAGAUAUUUCAAGAAAAAGGUAUCAUCAUAGAUGACAAAGUUUUAAAGCCUCACUUGACCUUCAUGAAGUUGUCAAAAUCCCCAAAACUACAAAAGCAGGGAGUGAAAAGAAUUGAUCCAAGCAUGUUUGCUGAUUUCAAAAGUCAUUAUUUUGGAGAUGAACCUAUGAACCGUCUGGAUCUUUGCUCAAUGUUGAAAAAAAAGCAACCUAAUGGCUACUAUCAUUGCGAAUCCUCAAUUGUAGUGGUCUUGCAUCGUAGCGAUGCGGCCGUGGGAUCGCAGAGCUCUGCACACCUUGGCUGGUUUUACCCUGCCUGGGACCCUAAAAUGGGUCUAAAGUCACCCCGGAGAAGCGAUGAAGAAGGAGGGGCACCUGAUGAUUGCGGAAUGAUGGCGGCCGAUCCACUCGAUCCAGGGGAAGCUUUCCAAAACCUGACAGUUGGCCAUACCUUGGUGAUCAGCCCAAGCUACCAGCAGCUGAAGUCCAAGGACACUAACCAGAACAACGGUGAACAGUGUGCUUGGAACUGGGGGAGAAGUUACUGGAAAGCUUUUAGGUGGCUAAACAUUCUGGACUGAAAUCUUGGCUGGCUAAUAAUUGUAAGACACCUGAAUAGAAGAAUUGUUAUAAAAUACUGCUUUCAGUGGUGCUUUGAUAAUUGCAAAUGUAUUGGACUAAAAAAAACCAUAUAUAAAGAUAAGAACUACAUAAGUUUCGGUUGUUUGGAUUUUAAGUGGCUGGUUUGACAAAGCUAAUCAAAGAGACUAUGGUACCGGUGAAAAACUAUCUGGAGGGGGGAGACAAAAUGGAUGUUGUACAUCUAUCUAAAAGUGACAGGAAACCACACCUAAUAUUCCCUCCUGAAGACCUCAGCUUGGAACAUCAGAGAUCUGCAGGAGUAAUGACUCAAGACAAAGCAAACACAUUUCAGGAGAAAAUAUAUGCAAUGCUGCGACAGAUUCAAAUGAUAAUUGUUUCAAAUCAUGAGGAGAUUAAAAACAACUUUGAUGACAUAAAGGAACAUAUCUAUAACUUAAACUUGCAAUUAAAAAACCUCAGAAAAUGGUGAUAAAGAACGAACAAACAAAUCAGAUAAUAGAACGCAAACCAGAGGAAAGUGAUUUAAAUAUGGAAGCUACAAAUGAAGAGAACUACAACUUAAUUCAAACAAAAGAAAACUGCAAGAUUUUACUACAACAAAGGAAAUAAAAAAGAUGUUUAUCUUCCAGGACUUCAAAACAAACUUGAGGACAAGAAAAAAGAUCUAACAAAAUGGAUUAAAGACCUGUCAGGAAAAUCAUUAAAGUUUGGGAGACAACAACAUCUACAAAAAUACAGGAAAAAUCCCCUGGCAAACUGAACAUACUGAAUUGGAAAGCAACCUGGCAAAAGAAGAAGGCUAGAGUCAGAUUUAAGUGACUUGAUCCAACUUAUCAGAUGGAGUACUAUAUGAUUAAACACUUGUUUGAAUACAGUUAAAAGAAUAGAUAAAGCUUAGAUAUAAAGGGGCCCUAUAGUAAGAGGGAUAAGAUAUAUAAAUAGUAUAAUACUUUUUAUAAUACAUGAAAUGUAAAAAUAUUGGGAUGGUGUAUGUGAAUGAAAAGUUUGGAUAUUUAAAAAUAAUUAAUUUUGAGAAAAUUGUGACUGAUAAGAGUGGCUUGAAUACAGUAGGGAAAUUAAGCUUAAAAGAAUCUUGAAAACAGGACACAUAAUGAUUUAAUAAGAUGAUUUUCAUAAAUACAAUUGAAAUAUAAGCUGAUUAAAAAAAGAUGUUAUAUUGAUGUUGAUGUUACUGUUAGUUGUACAAUUACUAGAAAAAUGUUUAUAGUCAACCUUGUAUGUAUUGAAAAUAUUAAGAAUUAUAUUUGUUUAAUGCAGACAAAAUGAGAAUAUUACUGGGAGAAGAUCAAGGAAAUAUAUCAUUGACUAACAUAUUGAUUAAUUAUAGAAAUUAAUUAUUAUUGUUUUUAAAUAUAUGAACCCAGACAACACGCUGUUUGCUAAGCACUAGGGAUUGUUAUUGUAAAAAAAUCAAUAAUAAAAUAAUAAUUAAAAAAUAAAAUAAAGCAUAACAUUUCUAAAUAGUAUUUCUUCAAUAAAUUUGUAUGCAGAAAUGCAUUUAUAUGUUUUUGCAUCUUUCUGAGUUCUGUGAUGCUGUUCUUCAAUCAAAACUGAGUAUAAAUCUGUGUACUUUACAAAAAAAUAUACAAAAUGGUAUAUUUUGAAAGAUGAUGGACAAACUAUCAUUUUAUUCAGGAAGUAUGCAUUUGAGAAAAGGUAUGCUUAUGAAUUUUUAUGCAGAUUUUUUUUUAAAUUGUAAAUAAAUAUAGAUAUAGAAGGGUAACUAUAGAAUACAAUGUUGUAUUAAAGUGAAAUUAAAAUGAGCAGAUUUAUCGAAACCUGAUUGUAUAUUCCAUCAUUUUGCAGCACUGACAAAGUUCAUAGUAAAGUUUUAUUAAAUUCAGUGUGAGAAUUUUAAACCCAUAUUUUUCUUCAUGCUGAAAUUAUUUGGACAUAUCUCAUUUGAUAUCCUUAGAAAUCAGCUAUUUGUUAAUACUUAUCUUCACUACACAGUUUUAAAAUGAAACAAAAAAAUACACUUCUAGCGUUUUUCCGAGUUAGUUUCCUUUUUAAAUAAAUAGGGCCUUAGUCCCCUGAAAAAGAGUAAAAUGUAAGUAGUUCCCACCAGACGUAUUUUCUUUUGCUUUAAUGACAGGCUUUUACUUAUGCCCUGUAGAUGUGUGUUAAGUAGUCAUGUUUAAUUCAUUUGUUCUUUAGAAUAUGGGUCAUGUGCUUUUUUUUUCCACAUGUGAUUUGACAGGCUGACAGUUUUUGCUUAAGCAGGCUUUAUUACAAAAUGUAGAUGAAGCUGUUCAUAUGCAUGAUAGAGUUUUAUAGUCCAUCUUGCAAUAUCAGAAUAAUUUAUAAGUACCAUAUAAUAUUUGCCUGAAAAGUAUCACACUAGUAUUUUUUAUGAAAGAACCUUCUGACUUCUGUCCCUGAUAAGAUACCAAAUGAUCUUGGAACAGUUCUCAGUGUUCUCAGGACAGGGUGUUCUGUUCACAUUGUUUUAAAGAACAGUUGUGAUUCAACAUUUAAAAAUAAUACUCCUCUGUUUUUGUUUGUGGAUGAUACUGCAAAGAAGAAAUUCUUCUAGUAAGUGGAUAGUGGUUGGUAAAGACACAGAAAGAAUAGGUUAGAGGUUUAUUACAUACCUGUUAUCUUGUAAGCAGUU